GCAACACGAACACAAACACAAUACAGCACAACACAAACACACGUUCAGAUUUCCAACAACAUAAAUAUGUCUUCUUCUUCUCCUUUCAUGGAUUGGCCUGUGAAAUUCGUUUUCAGAUACACACAUAUAGUUCUACUGAUUUUCUUCUUCCUUUCUUCUUCUUCCUCUUCUUUACCUUUACACCCUCUGGUUGGUGAUAAUACGACGGCGUAUCACAGAAACUUCACUGCGAUAUCUGAAUUUAGAGUGCUCAACAGAAGAAUCUUGGAGGAUUGUUCGGCUUCUUCUAGCCCUAAUUAUCUGCAAGUGAAUGUCACGACUAAUUCUUCGUCUUCUUCAUCGUCUAAGAAUGGAUUAUCAGAUGACGAGUUUGUCACUGUCACUGUUUCUGGUGUUUCUCAGCCUUCGGAUGAUGAUUGGGUUGCUAUGAUCUCACCCUCAGAUUCUGACGUCAAAGCAUGUCUUUCUAAUUGGAACCUUUAUCUUCAAACUGGUGAUACUGCUAAGCUUCCUCUUCUCUGUCAUUACCCUGUAAAGGUAUGCCCAUUGUCAUUUUCAUGCCUUGCCUUUUGUGGCUCCUUCCGUUCGGCAAGUGCUUUACGAGGCUGA